AUGGCGAUCGAGGCGCUGGGGAUCUAUCUUGGAUGCGCGAGCGAGGAGCGGGAGCGCAGCGUAGCGGAGCUGCCGGUGCUCGGGGACCUCGAGCAGCAGGCGCCGGCGGAGCGGGGGUGGGAGGAGCGGCGCGGGGGGCGGGCAGGCGUGGCGAAGCUCAAGCGGCGGCGGCACGCGCCGCUGUCGGCGUACUCGACGUACUCGCAGCGGCCGCUGUCGACGAGCGCGCGGUUCAGCGAGUUUGACCUGGAGGAGCUAAUUGCGCAGCGGACGCUGGCGUACAUCCGCACGCUGGGGCACGGCAGCAUCCGGCCGAUUGGGAUCGGCAAGACGGUGCGCGAGCUAGAGCGGGAGAAGCAGGGGCGGCAGGAGAACCAACCCGCGGCGGCGGGGCCCGAGGACUGCCAGCCGCGGCCGGUGGAGAACCGGGACGAGCUGGCAGGGGCGCUGGAGCACAUGGCGUUCGACUUGGACCGCGGCCUGCAGUCGGAACAGGAGGAGAGCUACAACUACGACGACGAGUUCGACCGGGUGGAGGAGGAGGCGACAGUGGAGCCGCGGCCGACGGAGCGCGUGCCGGCGGGCACGCGGCUGUACGGCGACUCGCAGCUGCCGGAGGCGGCGUACCUGGCGGCGUACGCGCACGAACUGGAGCCGCCGGAGGCGGCUGAGCUGACGUCGCUGAGCGUACCGGGCAGCGCGGGGCUGGGCGGGCCCGUGCAGGGCUCGCGCGUGUCCAGCCUGAACGCGGGGCGCGCGGAGGGCGCGCGCGAGCGGUAUCUAGAGUAG